AUGAAGUUUUCCCACAUUGCUUCCCUGGCCGCUUUGGUCAGCGGCUCUCUUGCUGCUACCCUUGUCGAGGUCGUUUCCGGUGCAAUUGACAAGGCAGACAAAGACACGCUUGCACUCACCGCGGCCGUAAAGGCAUUCAGCGGUGACAUCAAGCCUGUCGUUGCCGCCGCAGAUGCCCUCAUCAAGGAUGUUCAGGCCAGCAAGUCCCUCAUUGAUUCGACCCCCGGCAAGCCGCUUACUCUCGGCGAUGUUGCCGACAUUUCAGGGCCCGCAAGCCAACUUUGGCAGGACUCGGGCGCUCUGGUCGCGGCCUUGACGGCUCGCAAGACCGAUGUUGAGAAGGGCAACUACUGCUCUCUUGUUCAGGGACAGACAAAGACCAUCUACACGGCUUCCAUUGCUCUGAUUGAUACCAUUACCGGCCGGGUUGGUGAUGACGGCAAGUCUGCAGCAGAGGCUGUGGCCGGUCUGAUGAGAGAUGUUCUUCAAAAGUCUAUCGAUGCCUAUGCAACCUGUAAGGAUGCUAAUCCUACCACUUCGUCUUCCACCACGACCGCUACUUCGACUACUUCUUCGACUACCUCUGCCACUACCUCCUCCUCCACUGGCACGACUUCCUCUGGAACUUCUACCGGAACUACUAGCACUGGAACUACCAGCACUGGAACUACCAGUACUGGAACCACCAGCACCGGAACCACCAGCACCGGAACUACCAGCACUGGCACUUCUACAACUGGAACUCACACUACUGGAACUCACACCACUGGAACGCACACUACUGGCGUGACUACCAGCUCUCACUGGAACAACGGCACGACUACUUCUGCCCCAGGAGGCGGUACCACCGUCACUACCAUCUGCACUACUCCCACUACCACCACAACCAGCGGCGGCGGCGGGUGCAAGUCUUGCCCUGGUGGCGACAAUGGUCAUGACAAUGGAAAUGGCAAUGGCGGUGAUCACGGCUCCGGAAAUGGCAGCGGUAACGGCAGUGGAAAUGGCGGCUCUGGCAACGGCAAUGGCAAUGGCUCCGGUUCUGGCAACGGCUCCGGCUCUGGCAACGGCUCUGGUAACGGCUCUGGCAACGGCUCCGGCUCUGGCUCCGGUUCUGGUUCUGGUUCUGGUUCUGGUUCUGGUUCUGGUUCUGGUUCUGGCUCUGGUUCUGGUUCUGGUUCUGGCUCUGGUUCUGGUUCUGGCUCUGGCUCUGGCUCCGGCUCUGGCUCUGGCGGCAACGCUCCUCCUGUUGUUACCAACAGUGGCAACCUCAUGGCUCCCGCUGGCGCUCUGGCCCUCGCCAUUGCUGCUCUCGUCAUGUAA